UUUUUACUUUCGUUUACUUUGCUUCAAAUUUCCUACUGAACUGCUACUAAAUUUCUGCAGUUUCGUGCGGUUUGCGCUUCAAUCCAGACUUCAACAACAGUUUCCAAGACCAAAAUUAGAAAUUGAGAUGUCUUCAGACGAGGCUAUGAGUGUAGUGGGAAGUGAGGUAAUGCCCUUGGAAUAUGGUGGCAUAGAUUCGGAGACCAGUCCGUCUCCAACUAGCUCGGAGAGGACGGUGGGGGAUAGAAUGGAGCAAAGAGUAAUAGAAGAGGAGGAGGAUGAAAUCCCCUCAAAUAUUUUGGAGGCCGAGAAUGGCGUAGAUGGGUGUUAUGACCCAGAUUUAGAGGUAGUGGCUGAGGUGAGGGGAUUUGUGAGUGAGCUGGGUAGCAGGGAUAGUCUAAGGGGCCUUGUGGGUAAUUGCAACCUUCCUCACCAUGUCCUACUUAGACCUGCCGGGGCUGGGUGUAGGGGGGAGAAGGGGUGGUACCACUUUGGUUCUCGGUCGUCCAGCAAAGAGAAUAGGAAUUUAUUCUCUCCUGGGCCGUCAUCCAUCAAAGGGUGGAAAGAAAAUUUCUUCUUUGUGGAUGACACCGAGUGGAGUAGGAGGGAUGCCGAAGUGGAACAGUUGUCUGCUUGGAAAGUGAAGAAAACCAAGCAGAACAACUAUAAGUUGAAUGAGGAUGAGGUGGAGGAGGUGAAGAAGCUAGUGAGGGAAGAUGGGGAUGUAGUGGAUAUCUUGUACCUCACCAGCCAGGAGGCGAUAGAUGCUGCUGAGCUCUAUGGGCCAAGCUCCUUGGGGGAAGCUGAGAUGGACGAGUUCGUCGGUGCUGCUGGGGGCUUGCGCAUCCCUAAGAAGCUAAGGAAGAAGUCAAAGACUUCAACUGCAGCUGAGAAGGAGGUGACAGGGGGGGCGACUGUCCAGCAUCUUUGCCCAGGCUGUGGAGGUGCAGCCAAGGCCGGAGCCUACGAUGGGGGGGAGCGCACCCCUCCGCACGUGUACCAGAAAAGUUUGUUUGAGGCGACAAACAAGACUGGGGCGAAGCACUUCCUCAACGCUACCCUUCCUGAGGUGGAUAGGAUGCGGGCGAAGGACGAGGUGGUUAGCCAUGCAGGGUAUACCAUUGUGAGGCAUGCCCUAGAGAGUGCGAGCUGGACAAACGCUCUAGCGCAGGAGUAUGCAGAGAGCGUUAGAGAUCGUGCCAGCUUGCAAAGGCAGUGCGACCAGCUUCAGAGGGAGAAGGAUGAGCUGCAGAAGGAGAAGGUGGAAUGGGAGAAGCAAAAGAGGGAGAUGCAGAGGAGGCUGGAUGAAGUUCUCCCUUCAGUGAUCGAACUCCAGAACGAGAAUGAUGUCCUGAGCAUGAAGCUCGGCCUCGAAGAACGUAAAAGGAAGAUCUGCGAGGAAAAACUGGAGGCUUAGGACAAAUAUAUGGACAAGAUGAGG